GAAUUGUUGGAACAAGGGUGUUGAUAUGACUUGAAUCGGAUUAUCAGCCGCUACGACUGGUAAUCGGGGGUGCGGGGGCAACGCCCCCGGCCCACGGUGUAUGGACUCAAUGUUAUUUGGGUUCGGGCUCUGGGCCUGGUCUGUAACCAUUUUCUUUGCCAGAUUGGAUUAGGUUUAGACCCACGUAGAGAAGUACUAUAAAUACUUCUCAUACUCCUCUGUAAUCUGUAAUCUCCUUGAUAUAGUGAAACUGGCUCUCUCUCGCCCGUGGACGUAGCUAACACACAUCGUGUUAGUGAACCACGUAAAUCGUGUGUCGUGUUUUCGAUUCUCGCUUUCGUAUUCUUGCUUUGUUGAUUCCUGCGAUUUCCCGAUCCGUAACAGCGCGUUUAUAACAAAGGGCUAGGUUUAGGCUGUUUAGUUAAGCCGCCAAAUGUCGUCUUCUGUUUUUUCUUUCUGCUCGCUUUCUAGAGACUAGAGAGGCCAUACGUAUUGCCCACGGCGUACGGCAUUUCUUCCGCCCGGCAGAUUAAUUAAUCUAAAAAAGUCUGAGCGCAGGCGAAAAAACGGAAUCCAAAAUUAGAGAACAGUAGCCGGCCUGCUUUUUUCUUGUCUUUGGUUAGUUCGUUGGAUUCUCCCUCCAAAAUUUUCUUACCUUUAUUACGCCAUCGCCCUUCCUUCCCCGAAGUCUACGCGAUGUCGUCAACCCCAUCUCCAUACACAGACCAGCUUCCACCCUCAUCUUCACCAUCACCAUGGCCAACAAUCACCUUCAUUUCCUCUUCCUACUUCUCCUCCCUUCACUGUUCUGGCUUCCGAUUUCCGCCGCUGAAUCGUCCUCCUCGUGCGGCGGCCAUCAGGGACCCGUAGUGCCCAUCACUCCCCUGCUGUCGUUUCUGGUCAGAGUCCAGGAGACGGCACUGCAAACUUUCGGUGGGCGGAACUUCGACCCCAAAUUCUACGUCGAUGUGUCCCUCAGGUUCAAUCUGUCUCACACCCAGAAGGUGUUCGACGAUUUGCCCAGGAGAAGGGAUGGGAGUGUUUCGGUCCAGGAGUUUCAGAGGUUUGUGGCUGGGUACUUGGAGAGUGCUGGGAAUGGUUUAGUUCUGCAUCAGCCGGUGGAUUUUGUGGCGGAGCCUGAAGGAUUCUUGCCAAAGGUGAAGAAUGCCAAGGUCAGGGCUUGGGCGCUGGAAGUUCAUUCCUUGUGGAGGAAUUUGAGCAGGAAGGUGUCUGAUGAGGUCCGGGAAUCCCCUGACUUGCACACUUUGCUUCCCUUGCCGGAGCCGGUGGUCAUUCCUGGCUCGCGUUUCAGGGAGGUGUAUUAUUGGGAUUCUUACUGGGUCAUCAGGGGUCUGCUUGCAAGCAAAAUGUAUGACACUGCCAAAUCCAUAGUGACUAAUCUGAUUUACCUAUUGGAUACAUACGGCCAUGUCCUGAAUGGUGCAAGAUCCUAUUACACUAACAGAAGUCAGCCUCCCCUUCUCAGUGCAAUGGUCUAUGAAAUAUAUAAUAGGACUGGUGACGUUAAGUUUGCUAGGAAGGCGCUGCCUGCACUAAUCAAAGAACAUGAGUUUUGGACUUCAGGUGAGCACAAAAUCACAGUCCAGGAUGGCCAAGCUGCCAAGCACAGCUUAAGCCGUUAUUAUGCAAAGUGGAACAAACCUAGGCCUGAAUCUGCUACAAUUGACAGGGAUUCUGCUGCCAACAUCUCAGAUUCUUGUGAGAAGCAGGACUUUUACAGGGAAGUGGCAUCAACUGCCGAGUCAGGUUGGGAUUUCAGUACAAGAUGGAUGAGGAAUACUUCGGACUUCACCACACUGUCUACAACAUCCAUUUUACCUGUUGAUUUGAACACUUACCUGCUAAAGUUGGAGCUUGACAUUGCAUUCCUGGCAAAAGCCACUGCGAACCGAACCGUGGCUAGAAGAUUUACGAAGGCCUCUGAAGCAAGAAUCCAGGCUAUAAAAUCUGUUUUCUGGAAUGCGAAGAAAGGACAGUGGUUCGACUACUGGCUUAAUCAUGGAUCCGCGCCCGCACACAAGGGAUUUUCUUCCAAGACACAGAAAGGCAACCACCAAAACCAGAAUGCAUUUGCCUCUAACUUUGUCCCAUUAUGGAUUGAUCAGUUCCAUUCAGACAAAGCUUUGGUGGAGCGUGUUCUGAAAAGCUUCAAAAGCUCAGGCCUUAUUCGUGCUACUGGGAUCGCCACUUCUCUAACAAACUCAGGACAACAAUGGGACUUUCCAAAUGGAUGGGCACCACUGCAGCACGUGAUCGUGGAAGGCCUGGCUAGAUCAGGGUCAAGCAAAGCCAAGGCAUUGGCAGAGGAGAUAGCAGUGAGAUGGAUCAACAGCAACUAUAUUGUGUACAACAACACUGGGGCAAUGCAUGAGAAGCUGGACGUGGAAGCUUGUGGAGAGUUCGGUGGUGGUGGAGAAUACGUUCCUCAGACGGGCUUUGGAUGGACAAAUGGAGUUGUACUGGCAUUUCUGGAGGAGUUUGGGUGGCCUCAAGACAAGAAGUUGGGCUGCUGAUUUGUUGAUUGAGAUGGAGGGAACAAAGAGAGACUGGAGAUAUCAGAAUUUCUAACUCGAAGAAAAAGACUCAGAAAUUGCGAGCUUGUCAUCUUCUUCAGGAUCUUCAUUGGAAGUUUACAAAUGUUGUAUUGUUUACAAUAGGUCCUUAAUCCUUAUAGUUAUUUAUUCCGUAUUUAAGUGGAGAUACAUUCCUCCAUCAUCUACCCUUCUUUUACGUGACAAAAGUUAUACGAAUAAAAAUGUUGUACUGUUGUAUUUUGGAUGCCCAAAAUUGUUCUAUUCUGUAUCCUUGUAUCUGUUUCAAACACUAAGACAGAAACUCAUUGUAAUCCUUUAAUUUUCAUAUAUUGUUUUGCAAGUACUUUAGUUUUAGAUUAUAUCAUUUAAAUUCUCCCCAUUUUAAAAAUAUAUAUAUAGAAAUGGAUGCAAAGCAUCCUACCCAUCAUUCAUACCAAUCAUGUUCAAAAAUCAUAUAUCAUCGUAGAAAACCCAGUAUGCAAGUUCAUGAUCAACAAUAGAAAACCCAUGAAAGG